AUGAAUAUUUUGGCUAAAUAUAAGAGGUUUGAAAAAACUUUAGAAAACAUUGCUACAUAUAAAGAUUUAAGGAAAUCAAUAAAAUAAAGCUUUAAAUUUAUAUUGAAGCAUAACUUUACAAUAUUUUAUUAUGAUGAAGAUAAUGAUAAAAUUACAAUAUCAAACUAAGAAGAUCUAAAUGUUGUUAUUCAAGUAAUAAUUUAAAUUUAUAAUUAGGAAAACGAGAAAUUUGAAAUUAUUGUUCAAGAAAUUGAUGAUACUUCUGAAUUGUCUGAUGAUUCCUUUUAAAAACUUGAUAAAAGUGUUAAUGAAUCAGUUAAUUAAUUUAGAAAGUUGAGCAAUGGUCAAGCUAAUAAUGAUUCUAAUAGUCCAAAAAUUAUAUAAAAUUAAAAAUAAUAAGAAAUUGAAAAAGAAUUGGUAAAAGUUAAAGGUGCAAAUAAUUAAGAAGAAAUUUUAGAAUAAAAAAGAGAGAGAGUAAUAAAAGAAAUAUAAUAAACCAUUGAAUAUAUAAGUUCAUAAGUACUAAAAAUUGAAAAUGAUGAUACAGAAAAAAGAUUGAAUGAAAAAAUAUAAAAUCUUUAGAAACCUUAAUUUAAUGAAUUCUCAUUAGCCAAAGAAUUAAGUUAGCUUCAACUUAUAUAAUAAAUUGAAAAGGCUGAAAAUAAUAUGAUAAAUCUUGACAAAAUAGAAAGAGAAGAGUUAAAAAAAAAUUAUAAUACAUUAGUAAAAUAAGUACAGAAUAUUGCAUCAGAUAGAAUAAAGCAAUAAAAUGCAUUUGUACUUGAAAAUAAUGAUUAUGCUAAAACAUUAUAAAAAAUUAUGUAAGAGAUCAAUCAAACAAAAUUGAAAAAUUAAAGAUAAUUGAAAUAAUUUAAUGGAUUAUUAAAUUAAUAUUAAAAAAAACUAAGUUAAGCAGAAAACAAGAAAACUAAUUUAGAUAAAAUAGAAUAUAUGAACAAAGAGUAAUUGGAAAUUUUUUUAGAUAAUCAAAUAAAAGAAGAAUUGAAGGCGAAAAAAUAAAAAUAAUUAGAGGAUCAAAAAAAGAAGGAAUAAUUAGGAAAUUUGUAGAAUCAAAUAAAUGAAAAAGAGAUUUAAAUUUAAAAUGAUAAUAUAGAGAAUAGUUCUGAGAAGGAUUGAAAGAUAUAAC